AUGGCCACUGUGGCCAUGGCGACCAGCACCUUCUUGACUGGCGCCACUGUCAUUGUCACGGCCUCUAUCGGGAAGGACUUGGACAUGUCACAGAGUCAGAUUUCAUGGAUCUCUGCGGCAGCAACCCUCACCGCGGGAGCCUUCCAGCUCACCAUUGGCCAGCUCGCCGAUUUGCUGGGCCGCAAGGUUGUCUUUCUCUUCGGCAUGGGCUGCUUCAGUGCGUGCUCUUUGAUUGUGGCCUUUGCGCAAAACCCGUUCUGGAUGGACAUCCUAUGUGGUGUUCUCGGUCUGGCCUCGGCCAUGGUCGUCCCUCCAGCCAUCGGCAUCCUGGGCGCGGCAUAUGACGUGCCCUCGCAGCGAAAGAACUGGGCAUUUGCUAGCUUUUCCGCGGGCAAUCCUCUUGGUUUCGCCGUGGGAAGUAUAGUGUGCGGUAUUGCUGCGCGUAUCUUCGACUGGCGUGCCAGCUUCAUCCUCCUGGCCAUUAUCUGGGCGAUCCUGGGCGUUGCGUCCAUCUGGAUCGUGCCAAAUGUCGAGGCCUUUGAACCAGCGCCGUUCAAGACCCGGCUUCGCAUUGCCGUGCAACGCUUCGAUACCCUGGGCACGAUCCUCACCGUCCUUGGUGUGGGCAUAUUCACGGCAGCUCUAACGCUCGGUCCCGGAGAUGGCUGGAAGUCCGCUCACGUCAUUGCCAUGCUUAUUGUUGGCUUUUUCCUCCUUGUUGUAUUCAUCUUCUGGGAGAACUACUGGGAGCAUCCCCUGAUGCCCCUCCACAUCUGGAAAGACAGAACCUUUUCUCUGCUUGUUGCGACCGCAAUUCUGGGUAUGAUGUCCUUUACAUCAUCCAACUUCUGGCUCGCGCUUUUCAUGCAAGAGGUCAACGAAUAUGAUGCCCUGAACGUAGCCGUGCAUCUCUUGCCGCAGGUUAUUGCAGGCGUCCUCUGGAACAUUGUGGCGGCCAGUAUCCUCCACAAGGUCAACAACACGCUCAUCAUGGCAGUUGGCGCCGUGGCCUACGUUGGCGCAAACCUGCUGCUCACGUUCAACAAAGACACCUCGUUGUACUGGGCGUUUAUCUUCCCCUCGCUGAUCAUGAACGUCUUCGGCGCUGACUUCCAGUUCAAUGUCACCAACAUGUACGUGAUGCAGGCACUCCCAGCUCACCAACAGUCGCUUGCUGGUGGUAUUUUCAACAUGCUCAUUCGUCUUGGGUCCACCAUCGGCCUGGGGAUUUCGACGGCUGUGUACAGCUCCAUCAAAGAGGCUCAGGCGGGAGAUGGUGAUAUUAACGAACCGUUCCGGAUGGUCUACUUCGUCUCCGUGGGUCUUGCAGGCCUUGGGUGCUUAUUCGUUCCGUUCCUGCGGAUCGGGACACAGGGCAACGUGGUGCCGGACAAAGAGGCGACGGAGGUGGCCACCGACCUUAUGGAGCCCAGUACUGAAAAGGAUGGCGAGAAGCCCGUUACGUCGGAGAAGGAGGAUGAUGGCGAGAGGACGAUCACUGGCAGUGUAACCGAGAAGUAA